AUGUUUUUAUUAUACUUGAUUUGUCUUCUUAUUAAGAUUGGUCAAAUUUGGUCAGAAGAAAAUGUAUCCGCGAUUGUUGUUGAUUUAAAAACGGAUUCUUUACCUGAUCCUUUCGAGAUUGAUUUUUCAAAAUCGAAUGAAAUCGACUCUGAUUUCAAAGGAAAAGAUUUAAAAGUUAUAGGAGGACUUGAAGCUUCUCGUAAUUUAUUCCCAUUUCAAUCAGCUUUAUACCUAACUUUUAAGGACGGGACAACAAGUUUUUGUGGAGGAUCGAUUAUUUCAACAAAUUAUAUUUUAACAGCUGCACAUUGCGUUUUGAACACAUUUUCUCUCCUUGUUGUUGUUGGAACAACCGAUCUUAAUUCGAACGUUAACACCCAACAAAGGAUAUACGCUAAAAGAUAUGUUUAUCAUCAUCAAUAUAACACCGAGACGUUAUCUAACGAUAUAGCUCUUUUACUUCUUGCAAAACCGAUCGAUUUCAACGAAGCUGUUUUACCGAUUAAUUUACCAACUGUGGAAGACACGAAAUAUUCUUAUGAAAAUUUAAAAGUUACCGUAAUAGGAUGGGGCAAAACGAGAGAUAAUGGAUCAAUAGUACCAAGAUUGCGAUAUUUAAACACUCAAGUUUUACCAAAUUCAAAUUGUAAAUUCUAUUUUCCUUCUGUUACAUCCUCAAAUAUUUGUACAAAUGGUUAUUUAAACGUUGGAUCAUGUCAUGGAGAUAGUGGCUCGCCUUUAAUUUAUGGAAAUAAACAAAUUGGGAUAGUUUCGUUUGGUAGUAACACAUGCAGUGCUGGAUUUCCUUCUGUAUAUACAAGAGUUAGUUCUUAUUUAGGUUGGAUUAAUCAAUACGCCUCGUUUGAUUAUUAAAAUUGGUUAAAA